GGCGGAAGCGGAAGGGGCGGGGCUCCGCGGGCCGAAUUUCCAGCACCGCCGCCGCCGCGGGCAGGAGCGGGCGGGACUGCUGAGGCAAGAUGGUGGACUACAGUGUGUGGGACCACAUCGAAGUGUCGGACGAUGAAGACGAGACGCACCCCAACAUCGACACAGCCAGCCUCUUCCGCUGGCGGCACCAGGCCAGGGUGGAGCGCAUGGAACAGUUCCAGAAAGAGAAGGAGGAACUGGACAGGGGCUGCCGCGAGUGUAAGCGCAAGAUGGCUGAGUGCCAGCGGAAGCUGAAGGAGCUGGAGGUGGCCGAGGGCACGGGCAGCCAGGUGGAGCUGGAGCGGCUGCAGGCCGAGGCGCAGCAGCUGCGCAAGGAGGAGAGGAGCUGGGAGCAGAAGCUGGAGGAGAUGCGCAAGAAGGAGAAGAGCAUGCCCUGGAACGUGGACACGCUCAGCAAGGACGGCUUCAGCAAGAGCAUGGUCAACAUCAAGCCAGAGCAGGCGGAGGAGGACUCGGAGGAGGUCAGAGAGCAGAAACACAAAACUUUUGUGGAGAAGUACGAGAAGCAAAUCAAGCACUUUGGCAUGCUCCGCCGCUGGGACGACAGCCAGAAGUACCUGUCAGACAAUGCCCACCUGGUGUGUGAGGAGACAGCCAACUACCUGGUCAUCUGGUGCAUUGACCUAGAGGUGGAGGAGAAAUGCGCACUUAUGGAGCAGGUGGCCCACCAGACCAUUGUCAUGCAGUUCAUCCUGGAGCUGGCCAAGAGCCUGAAGGUGGACCCCCGCGCCUGCUUCAGGCAGUUCUUCACAAAGAUUAAGACAGCUGACCGCCAGUACAUGGAGGGCUUCAAUGAUGAGCUGGAGGCCUUCAAGGAGCGGGUGCGGGGCCGUGCCAAGGUGCGCAUCGAGAAGGCCAUGAAGGAGUAUGAGGAGGAGGAACGCAAGAAGAGGCUUGGCCCCGGCGGCCUGGACCCCGUUGAGGUCUAUGAGUCCCUCCCUGAGGAACUACAGAAAUGCUUUGACGUGAAGGACGUGCAGAUGCUGCAAGAUGCCAUCAGCAAGAUGGACCCCACUGAUGCUAAGUACCACAUGCAGCGCUGCAUUGACUCUGGCCUCUGGGUCCCUAACUCCAAGUCCAGCGAGACCAAGGAGAGAGAAGAGGCGGGGCCUGGGGACCCCUUGCUGGAAGCUGUCCCCAAGGCAGGUGAUGAGAAGGAUGUCAAUGCGUGACCUGCCCCAGCCGCCGCCCGCCUGCAGGCCCCCUGCUCUCCCCUUUCCAGCAAACAAAAAUAGAUGUCUCCCCAGCUCCUGGCUUCCCCAACUUGCGCUGCUUCCCCAGCCCAGGGCUUGGGAGGGGGGAUAAGAAGGAGACCUGGCCUGCCCUCCCUCCCUCGCCACCGCCACCCACCCAACCCCUAGUGCUCAUUCAAAUCUCUGCUUUGAGUCAAGGGGCUUCACUGCCUGUAGCCCCCCAUCAGCAUUAUGCCAAAGGCCCCGGGGGCCCAGGGAGAAGCAGAGGUCAUCAGGUUGCCUGUGGGUGGGGGAGGGUCCCCGGCCAGGGGGGCCUGCUCCAGUCACUGGGCUCUGCUCACUGCUGGUCUCCUGUUCUUUUAUUUGGUAAAUAGUGACGAUCUUCAAAUAAAGUAUUUCAGAUGC